AAAACAAGUGUUUGUUUUCUAUACUAACUAAUUAUAUGCUUGCUCAGAUUCUUUCUCAUCUUAGGAAUUUUUUUGGACAAGCAGUUGCCUUCAAUUCUGUCAUUCUACAACUUUCAUGUAUGUAAACACCGAGGUGACAUUCACAUGAUUAGAUUUGAUCAGUUCCUUAGGCUUGACAUUGGUUACAGUAGUAUUACAACUGGGUCUCAGCAUCAGAGGAAAUAUCAUAGUUACUUUUGAUCAUCCAUUCCUUGAUUUGGCCAUAUGAAUUCUAUAAAUAACAUGUAUAAUAUAUGCCUGUGGGGGAAAGAUUUUUUUUUUUUUUUUUGGUUGAAUUUUAAGUUACAUAUUUUAAUAUGUGGAUGAUUUUUAGCUGUGUCAGAUGAGCAUACUGUCAAAAGGCACUGUCUUUGAAUUGGCUAGUCAUAUUCAUGGGUUGUGCUCUCUCAAAGAAAAGCAAGCAAACUCCUGGGUAUGAAGAGCCCGCAGUUCUUGCUGCUGAAACACCUUUUACUGUUAGUGAAGUUGAAGCCUUGUAUGAGCUAUAUAAGAAACUAAGCAAUUCAAUCUUCGCUGAUGGGCUCAUUCACAAGGAAGAACUCCAGCUUGCUCUUUUCAGGAACAAAAAUAGGAGGAAUCUUUUCACUGACAGGAUCUUUGAUUUAUUUGACAUCAAGCAUAAUGGUGUUAUUGAGUUUGGAGAAUUUGUUCGAUCGUUGGGUGUGUUCCACCCAAAUGCGCCAGUUGCAGACAAAAUUGCAUUUGCUUUCAAACUUUAUGACCUCAGGCAAACUGGCUUCAUAGAGCAUGAGGAGUUGAAGGAGAUGGUGUUGGCACUCCUGCAUGAAUCAGAGUUGGUUCUUUCAGAAGAUAUUGUUCAAACAAUUGUGGAUAAGACAAUUAAUGAAGCAGAUUUAAAAGGUGAUGGAAAAAUUGAUCCCGAUGAAUGGAAAGAAUUUGCCUCAAAGCACCCAUCUUUGUUAAAGAACAUGACUCUCCCAUUCUUAAAGGAUAUAAACUUAGCAUUUCCGAGUUUUGUGGUAAGUUCCGAGGCUGAGGAUUCAGAAGUUACUGCAGCAACUCAAAAUUUGAGUAACAAUGUUGAAAAAGGACCGUGGAUUUGCACAACCCCAUCUCCAAUGUGAUAUGGAAAGGCCCGAAGAAUGAGUUUAUGGCCCUUUCCCCUUAGGCAUAUAAGGAUUACAAGUUACAGCCCUGUUUUGCUAUCAUCAAGCAGUUUAAAUAGUCUUACAAUGCAGGGAGUAUGGUAUAGAGAAAUUAUUGUACAUAGCCUUUGCAUAAUGCUUGUGUAUUUAGAGCAUCAAAAUUUAUGUAAAAAUAGUUGUAGACGUAUAUCUGCAUGUGCUCCUUGUAGUUGAACUUAAACAUGGUCGCCAUUAUUUCCCUUUGGAAGCUCAAAACUUUGUGUUUUGCUCAUCAUGACAGGAAAAUGCUUGGAAUGCUGGUGAAUAAAUUACAGAAAAUGGU